AUUGUUUAUGUUCUGUUCCAUGUUUUCUUUUUUCUUGUAGUUGUUCUAUUUUGAUAGAGUUCAGAGGUUAGACAAAAGGCCUCCAAGAACAAUUCCUAUCAUAUCUGCAUGGAAUAGAGACAUGGUUCUUGAGAGGUUGAAGAUUGAAUUAGAAUUGGGAUUUGGGAGAGGGAAAAUUCUACCAAGGAUUGCUGCAGAAGUUGAAGAAAGUCCUAAGGUUUUUAUGGAUGAUUUUGUUUCCCUGGUAAAAACAACUUGUUCAAACCUGUCAAAGCUUUCUUCAAAAUUGGUGAAGGCAAAGGAUAUCUUCCCUGGAAAUGACUUGGUGAAAAAAGUUGAUGAAGUUUUAGGAAAGGUGGCAGCUAGGGAACCAUCGAUUCUAAGCCAAGAUGAAGAAUUCUUUGGCAGUGAGGAUUUCCUAAAUGCACUUGCACAAGCUGAGAAGAAUCUGAUGCAAGGGUCUGAAAAGAAAACAACUGAGAAGCAAAUGACUGGGAAGAAAUUAACCAAAAAGGGAAAGGAAAAAGAACAAGAAUAUGACAUCAGAAAAGCUUUCAGCUUGGGGUUGACUCCACCUUCUCCAGCCAUUGAAACAGGGCCCACCUCUUCAACACUUGGUGAUAUAAUUGAACAACCAAUAAUUUCAACAAAUGCUGGAGAAAAGGAUGUGGGUAAAACUUCAGCAGCUUCAGAACAAAGAAUUGAAGAAUUUUCUAGAACUGAUGCAGGAUCUGGUUCAGUGGUUGAUGCUGACCCUAGGUCAGAUGGUGGUGAAAAAAGUGAUGAUCCAAAAAACACAGUUGGAGGUGGAAAACAAAACAAGGAAGAUGUUUUUGAAAAAACAAAAAAUGAUGAAAAAGUGGAGGGUGAAAACAAGAAGAUUGUUGCUUCAUCCUCAAAAGUCACAAAAAGGAAUGAUGAUAAGAAAAAGUCAAUUGCAGAAAAGAAGAAAAAAACUGAAAAGGAAAAGGUUGAAAGACCAAAACGCGAAAAGCAAACAAUUCCUCCUGCUUUCCGAUCUCCUUACUUGGUGAAGUACAAGGAUCUGUUUAAAGAUGAGAAAGCCAUGAACCAAAUUGCAGUAGACUUUGCUCUUGGUGGAAAAGAUGAAAGUGCACUCUUAUACUAUGAUGGCUUGAAUCUCAUCAAUAGAAAUGAAAUGAAAACUCUUGGAGAUGAUGUUGAAGUGACAAAUUGUGUCAUAGAUGGAUGGGCAAGGUUUCUUAAUCAUAAAAAAGCCGAGAAACAAGAUUUAUUUCUCAACAGUGCUUCAUCACAUUAUGUGCACAAAUAGAGUUUGUCGAGAAGGAUCAUCAAUGAAGACAAGAAUUAAUGCCUUCAUAGAAAGAAUUGACAAUGAACUGAAGUUGAAUAAAAUUGACAGCAUUGUUGGAUAUAAACAGGUCUUCUUCCCAGUAUCAACUUCUCAACAUUUUUUUCUGUUGUGCGUCAAUCAUAUAGAAGACAAAAUUCAUAUAAUUGACAAUAGAAAACUACCAAAAAAGGUAUCAGUCCAAGCAAAAUAUGAAGAACAACCAAAAAUGAUGUUAAAAGGAUUGGCAGAGUACAUGAAACACCUUGGAUAUCAAGAUGCAAAAAGAAUUGAAGACUACACAGUUGUUUUGGAAAAGAUGAAAUGGCGUAGCAACAAUGACUAUACAAACUGUGGAGUUUACAUUAUGAAGCAUAUGGAAACCUUCACUGCUGAUCCUAAUGAGAGCUGGAUUUGUGAUUUAAAACCAAACAAUGUGGAACAAAUUAGAAAUCUAAGGCUCCAAUACACAGCAGAACUGAUGUUAUUUGAAGAAAACACUGAAUCAAGAGCAAAUAGAAGGAAAGCUAGAAAAUUUGCAACUUUGUAGUUUCAAAUGUUCAUUUACAACUAUGUAUAUGUUCAUUUCUUAUAUAUGACUAUUUUU